UGAUUUGGCGUCAAUUGAAAAGACAUUGACUAUAUCUAUCUACAGGGUUCCACAUGCACAUUCACCGAGUCAAUCCUGCGAUCGUGUGGCUUCCAUACUGGGCUGUUCACCUCACCACAUUUGAUGGAUGUUAGAGAGCGAUUUCAGCUAGAUGGGGUUAAUAUUUCUGAAGAGAAAUUUUUGAAGUACUUCUGGUGGUGCUGGAACAAGUUGAAGGAGAAGACUGAUGAUGAUAUUCCCAUGCCAGCCUAUUUCAGGUUCCUCGCGCCGCUCGCAUUCAAGAUAUUUUAUGCUGAGCAGGUAGAUGUUGCUGUUCUCGAGGUUGGCCUAGGAGGGAAGUUUGAUGCAACUAAUGUGGUUAAAGCACCUGUAGUUUGUGGCAUAUCUUCCCUUGGAUAUGAUCAUAUGGAAAUUCUUGGUGACCAAAUCCUGUUCUUGGUGAUAAACUUGGUGUCAAUAAACGGGUUAAUUCUGUUGGCAAAAUUAGGAUGACACAGGUGACAUGAA